CUGGAAUUGUCCCAAAUCCCUUCCAUGUACCAUGAGCUGAGUGAGGUAUUUAGCAAGAGGAGGGCAACUGCCCUGCCUCCUCAUAGGCCUUUUGACUGUGCUAUUGACCUCCUCCCAGGGUCCUUCCCUCCACGUGGAAGGAUCUUUUCCCUCUCAUCCACAGAGACUCAAGUUAUGGAGGACUAUAUCAAGGACUCCCUGGCAGCUGGAAUUAUUCGCCCCUCGUCUUCCCCUGCCGGUGCCGGAUUCUUUUUUGUUGGGAAGAAGGAUGGCGGUCUCAGACCAUGUAUUGACUAUCGGGGCUUGAACAAAAUCACGGUGAAGAAUCGUUACCCCUUGCCCUUAAUGUCCACAGCAUUUUAACUCCUACAAGGGGCAACUAUUUUCACCAAAUUGGACCUCCGUAACGCCUACCACCUGGUCCGGGUCAAGGAGGGAGACGAGUGGAAGACGGCCUUCAACACACCUACAGGUCAUUAUGAAUAUUUAGUUAUGCCAUUUGGGUUGUCCAAUGCACCAGCCGUUUUCCAGGGACUCAUUAACGAGGUUCUCAGAGAAAUGUUAAACCAUUUUGUUUUUGUCUAUUCUGAUGACAUUUUGAUUUUCUCCAAAUCCCUCCAUGAACACGUCCAUCAUGUCAGAGUCGUCCUCAAGCGCCUGCUUGAAAAUCAACUCUUUGUAAAACCUGAAAAAUUUGAGUUCCACGUCUCUGAGGUGUCCUUUUUGGGCUAUAUCCUGUCCAAGGGGAGACUUCUCACAGAUCCCAAGAAGACUCAAGUUUUUCGGGAUUGGCCUCAACCAUCCUCGGUCAAGGAGGUGCAACGGUUCAUUGGCUUUGCUAAUUUUUAUAGGAAGUUUAUCAGAAACUUCAGUGCUGUUGCCGCCCCUAUGACCUAUCUCACAAAGAAGAAGUCUGGCUCCUUUAAGUAGUCUCCAGAGGCAGAGCGGGCUUUUCGUGAACUGAAGGUGAGAUUCUCCUCCGCCCCUAUCUUGACCUUACCUGACCCCUCUCUCUCCUUUGUGGUCGAAGUAGAUGCAUCAGAGGCGGCAGUAGGGGCGGACGGAAAACUACAUCCUUGUGCCUUCUUCUCAGCUCGCCUUUCGGCUGCUGAAAGGAAUUAUGAUGUGGGGGAUCGUGAGCUUCUGGCUAUUAAGAUGGCCUUGGAGGAGUGGCGCCACUGGCUGGAAGGGGCCCAGCACCUGACCUGGAGACCACCCUCCGAUGCCUGGCCUCCUCUAAUCCUUCGUCUUGGAGCAGGUAUAUGAUCUGGGCUGAAUAUGCCCAUAACACUUUGUGCUCUUCUGCUACAGGACUCAGUCCUUUCGAGUGCCAGUUCUGAUUUCAGCCUCCACUGUUCCCCGACCAAGAGGUAGAGGUUGGUGUUCCCUCAGCCCAGAGCUUUGUCAGACGGUGCAGGAUUGUGUGGCGCAAGGCCCGGUCUACCGAGCAGAGGUCGGUCCGUCAGUACGAACACCAUGACAACCGCCGCCGCAGACCUGCACCCCCUCUACGGCCGUGACAGAGCGUCUAUCUUUCAACGCGAGACCUUCCUCUGCGGGUGGAGUCCCGCAAGCUAGCUCCACGGUUUGUGGGGCCCUUCAAGGUUGUGAGGAGGGUCAAUCCAGUAGCCUAUCGCCUCCAACUCCCACGAUCCAUGCGGAUCAACCCAACCUUCCAUGUCUCCCGGCUACGCCCAGUCACCACGAGCCCACUGGUCCCUCCAGCUAAACCCCCUCCCCCCCAGAAUCAUCGACGGCGGUCCAGCUUAUUCGAUCCACCGGCUAAUGGACUGUCGCCGGGUGGGGAGGGGUCUGCAAUAUCUGGUGGACUGGGAGGGCUAUGGUCCAAAAGAACGGUCCUGGGUUCCUUCCCGUCAUAUACUCGAUCCAGCCCUCAUCAGGACCUUCCACCAGGAUCAUCCGGAUCGCCCUCGAGGGAACGUCAGGAGACGUUCAGAAGGAGGUGGGUCCUGUUAGGGUUUUUGGACUGUAGUACCCUGAAUGAACAUGUGGGGUCCUCAGCGUUCUGGUGAUUUCUGUCACGUGUGUGUCUUGAUUGUUUUCAUUGUGUUCACCUGUGCCUAAUUUGCCAGCCUUUAAAAGCCACCUGAGUUUCUUUGUGUUUGCCGAGUCUUGGAAAUUGACACCCUAAGUUAAGCCACGUGAGUUGCUCAGAGAACCUCUGCUUAGAAGCUAUACCUCUUUAAAUCCUUUUUUGUUCUUGAGACCUUUUGUUGCCUGUUUUUUGGGACACCCUUAGUUGCUUAGUAAAUUUGCCCAGACUGGGUUUUUUAGUUGUCUGGAAGUAUUUUUGGACUUGCUGUCAAGCCUUAUGGAAUCCUCUGCCUUAUACAAGUAAAGAAACCUUUUUUGAUUCCUUAACAACAAAUCAUCUCUCUCUGUCUCUGCAUCUGAGUCAUCAUCACUCGUAGCACAGUGGUAGGCAAACCACUUGUGACACAGGAGUCCCAGGUUCGAAUCCCGACGAUCCUUAUGGCAAGACACGGCCAUGGAACCAGACUCAGCAGAGACAAAGGCUUCCCCAUCAUCUCAGUCCCCGGCGGACCAACUCUACGCGGCAGUGGUCAGUAAACCGCCUGUGACAUGGGAGUCCCAGGUUCGAAUCCCAGCGUUCCUUAUACUCUCCUAUGUCGAUGGAGUGGUGGGUGAAGUGUUUGAGUGAGCUGCAACACUGUUUAUUCCUGAAACUCCAAAAGUGUUUAAUGGAUACUGAGCUAUCCCUUUGAUAAAAGAAAAGCGAUAAUACAAAAUACAAUCUUUACCUUAAAGUUAUGUGAGCAUACAACCAGGUGUGUUUGGUAGAGUGUCUCUCAAUGUCAGAAUCACGUUAUUUAUGUACAGAUUUGAGUCUACCACUUUCUGGCCCUCCAGCUGCAGUCUUCAGCAGGAUCAUCACAAUAAGCUAACAGACGUGCAUGUACCCUUAAAACAUAUAACCGAAGAUGUGCCUAUGCAGAAUAGGGACUAGUGUCAGGACAGGGAUAGUCACUCCCAUAGGCCAACCAAUGAAACCAGUUCUCUCAAUGAGUGAACUGUCCAGUCCAUUCAAGAUAACCCAGGAGCAGAGAGGAGGAGCUGAGACAGACAUCAGCUUGGCGAAGCUGUGCUGAAUCCGUUCAAACACACCUUGGACAUGGAGGAAAAAGGCAGUUCACAAGGUGAGUAUUUUGUGCAGAGGGAGAUUCUGGAUGAGCUGCGUCUUGAUGAAGUGGCGCCAAAAUGGAAGAGGACCGAUUCACCGAACCUGGGAGAACGGGUGAAAGAGUCCCUGAGAUGUUCGGUGCCCAGGUUGAAGCAGACAGUGGUGAGCUGGGUGCCUGUUCUUGGCUGGCUGCCUAAAUACUCCAUCAGAGAAAAUGCAAUUGGAGACCUGAUCGCUGGCUGCAGUGUGGGCAUCAUGCAUCUGCCGCAGGGUAUGGCGUAUGCUCUUCUGGCUUCCCUACCCCCUGUGAUUGGCCUGUAUACUUCUCUAUUCCCGGUGCUGGUCUACUUCAUCUUUGGCACCUCCAGACACCUCUCCAUAGGUACGUUUUCGGUGGUGAGCAUCGUGAUCGGGGAAGUGACAGAAAGGCUGGCCCCCGACAGUGACUUUAUCGUAAACGGCACCAACGGAUCACAGGUUCACGAUUUUGGAGCUCGGGAUGCCCUGAGGAUAAAGGUAGCGUGUUCCCUCACAGUCUUGACAGGGCUCUUUCAGAUCCUGUUUUUUGUGGUGAGGUUUGGCUUCGUGGUCACGUACCUGUCCGAGCCGCUGAUCCGUGGCUACACUACAGGGUCAGCGUGUCAUGUGUGUGUCUCACAGCUCAAGUACCUGUUUGGAGUCACACCAUCACGAUUCACAGGUCCCCUCUCCCUUAUCUAUACUGUGGUGGAUAUUUGUCGAAUGCUGCCUGAGACCCAGGUGCCGGAGCUGGUGGUCAGCCUGGUGUCGCUCACUGUUCUCAUUGUGGCCAAAGAAAUCAAUGACUGUUACAAACAGAAGCUGCCGAUGCCCAUCCCUGUGGAACUGAUAGUUAUCAUAGCAGCAACAAUCAUCACCCACUUCUGCGGACUUGAGACUAAAUACAAGCUUGAUGUUGUUGGGCCGAUUCCCAAUGGGCUCCAGGCCCCUCAAGUUCCAGAUACCUCUUUUUUCUCCGAGAUGAUAGGCGAUGCCUUCACCGUGGCCAUCGUGGGCUACGCCAUCAACAUUUCCCUGGGCAAAACGUUUGGCCUUAAACAUGGCUAUAAGGUGGACAGCAACCAGGAGCUGGUUGCUCUGGGUCUCAGUAACACUAUUGGCAGCUUCUUUCAGUGUUACUCUGUGACCUGCUCGCUGUCUCGCAGCCUCAUCCAGGAGAGCACGGGGGGCAAGACACAAGUUGCGGGAGUGGUUUCAUCCAUCAUUGUGCUGAUCACAGUUUUGAAAAUUGGUGCUCUCUUUGAAGAUCUCCCCAAGGCUAUUUUAGCCACUAUAGUGUUUGCGAACUUGAAAGGGAUGUUUAAGCAGUUCAUGGAUGUGCCGAUGCUGUGGAGGACCAACAAGGUGGACCUGCUGGUGUGGCUGGUAACAUUAAUAAGCACCAUCCUGCUCAACCUGGACCUGGGUCUGGCUGUCUCCAUUGGCUUUUCCAUGCUCACUUUCAUCUUCAGAACACAACGACCCCGUUACUCCAUCUUGGGCCACGUGCAAGGCACUGACUUGUAUCUAGACACAGACGCCUACGGGGGGACUGAAGAGAUUCCAGGAAUAAAAAUCUUCCGCUCAUCUACGACUAUCUGCUACACAAAUGCCGAGAUGUACUUGGAGGCCCUGCAAGCGAAGAGUGGAAUUGAAAUCAGUAAGUUGCUGGGGGCCAAGAAGAAGCGAGACGCGGCGCUGAAGCCUAAAAAGGAGAAAGCGAAAACGGAGGAAAAGACACAACAGAAGCAAAAAGCGCUCAGAGACAUGUCCAUUCUCGCCAUCUCUUUGACGGAGUUGACUGAGGACAAAGUCUCUGCAGGACUGAGUCAGGGGAACAGUGCAGCAGUAACCUCUACAAAUGGCCUCAGUAAAGGAGAAGUAAACUCGGCCUACCAACAUGACUCAGAUUUAGACACGGGUUGCCACGGUGAUGAAAGCAUCUACCAGGAGCCGCACCAUGGUGAUGAGGAGAAGGAGGGGACCCGCGGAUCAGAUGUCCACAGCAUCAUCUUGGACAUAUCGUCCACCGGCUUUGUGGACACAGUCACUACAAAUACAUUGAAAAAUAUGUUCAGGGACUUCGGGGAGAUUAAUAUAAACAUUUAUCUCACGGGAUGCCAAGCCUGUGUUGUGGAGCAGCUGGACACCGCAGGUUUCUUCUCAGAGUCCAUCCCGAAGAGCAGGUUGUUUGUCACAGUCCACGAUGCCGUGCUGCACAUUCUCAAGAAACUGGGGCUGAGAGACUUUGUACUUGAUGUUCCCUGCAUCACCCCGAUGUAACCAACAGGGGUCAGACUGUUCCAACUCUCGCCAUCCUCCCCCUCCUCCGCUGUGGUCCGCUCCUCACUAUUGGUCGUCACUGUCUCCUCCCCCUUCAAUGGGGGAGAAUGCACCACCUUGACAUGGCGGCUGGUUGCCAUGGAAAUCCAGGGAGCCGUUACUGUGGCAACGGGCUUUUUAUGAUAUCGCUUAAUGAGAUCGCCAGCAAUACGUCAUCGUCUCUCUCUCUCUCUCUCUCUCUCUCUCUCUCUCUCUCUCUCUCUCUCUCUCUCUCUCUCUCUCUCUCUCUCUCUCUCUCUCUCUCUCUCUCUCUCUCUCUCUCUCUCUCUCUCUCUCUCUCUCUCUCUCUCUCUCUCUCUCUCUCUCUCUCUCUCUCUCUCUCUCUCUCUCUCUCUCUCUCUCUCUCUCUCUCUCUCUACAGAGGAGGGGCGGGGGAUGAGUGGGAGAAUGUAACAGACGUAUAAGAGUCUGUAUUUAGAGCCGGUGUGAGAGAGUGAGUGAAAGGUUGACUGUGGAGGGGGGGACACACACACUCAUAUUUGAGAGGUGUUGUUGUGAACAGACGCACCACGAUGUGUAUGCAUGUGUCACUGCGCUGUGUGGGUUUUCUGGGAUCUAUGCAGUUGGCCCUUGUGUUGUGUUUGUAAGGGAAACCCACGUGUCAUCUCACACAAAUCAAUAGAAUGUAAAUAUUUGUAAUUCAUAGCACAAGACUUUGUCACCUCUGGGAUUGAGAGGAGGAGGAAGGGGGGGAGGGGUAAUCCUGUUAUUACCACCCAUUUGUUUCCAAACGGCUGCAAGAAGGAGCUGAAGUGCAGAUAUGAUGUAAUAGGUGUCCACAGCGUGGGUGUAUUUACAGUCAGUGAUCACACAUCUGAUUCUUAUAUUUUGGGGAUGCAGUCUUGUCUCAUCAUCUAUACUAACUCUCUUGCUUUUGCGGAACAGAGUAUCGUAAUAGACGGUACACAGUUCAUGUGACAUAUGUAAUUCAAUGAUUAGGGCAGUCCCAUCCAAGUAACUCUGCAUCAAGCCUUGAAAAGUUUUGUUAUUAUUUUGACUUCCAGGAAAUGUAUUCAAUUGCUUUCGUGUGCAAUUCUGCAGUUUCUCACGACCAGAAAUAAAUGGUCUUCCUGCAGAAGAUGCGUCUACAGUAUGUUUGACAGACAUCCUACUCCAAUGUGAACAAGGGCUAAAACCGAAACACAUUUCCUUGUGCCUGUUGCUCAACACUGUGUCCACAGACAGAUAACACUUACAGUGUAAUGCUUUAUCAAUAUUUAUCGGUCAAAUGACUCUUGAAAUUUAUUUUUUAUAAAUUUUUUCUGCACAUUGUUCUGUGUAAAUAAAGAUUCACAAAAACACA